ACAAAUAAAUGUCAACAUCACCAUGGUCGUACAGGACUCUGGCUUGCAUGUGUUAACAUGUAAGUAUUUAAUGGUUUGGGCUUCAUUGCCAUCUGUUUAUGACGGGGUGAUUUUGGGCAAAUUACAUACAAUCUUUCAUCUCUCACAACAAAGUAGCAUGAUUUACAACGACGCCGCACGCGACCCUUUACUUUAAAACCACAAACUGGAUUAAUUAUUGGCAGCACUGGUUGUAGUAAUCGUUCCCUCGCAAAUUGUUGAAGGGUACUCAGCAUCGGCAUCUGCGUAUAAGUUACAGGACCAAUCCUAGCAGAUGAUAUUGUUUUCACUAAAGAGAAAAUUCUUUGCAUCUUUCCUUCUUAAUUUGCUGUAUUAAUAAUAAGACAGUUUUGUUAAAUAUUAUAACCUCAACAACCAC